GGGAACCCUAGAGACACAAAGAGGGAGAUUUAAAUACCUUUGUAUCUUUCUCAGUUUUCUCUUUUCAGCCUCUUCUCCUCCCCUCUCUCUCAUGUUUUAUUGCCAUCUUCACCUUACAUAAAAACUUAUAGAGGGGGAGAGAGGGAGAGAGCGACUCCACUGCUGCAGACUCUUUAACUUGGUGCAGGAGAAUUUUGAUUGAUUGUUAGAAGAAGUAGAGUCCUUAAAUAGAACUAUAUAAACGAAGGUUAUGGGUUCCAUGAAUUCAAACAACUGGCUUUCCUUUCCUCUUUCACCGACUCAUCCUUCGUUACCAGCAAAUCUGCAUAACUCUCAGUCUCAUCAUUUCUCUCUUGGGUUAGUGAACGAAAAUAUCGACAACCCAUUUCAAAACCAAGAGUGGAAUUUGAUCAAUGCUCAUGGAAGCGACGAAGUUCCAAAAGUUGCAGAUUUUCUUGGAGUGAGCAGCAAAUCAGAGAACCAGACAGAUCUUGUAGGUUACAGUGAAAUUCAGGCCAAUGAUACUGACUACCUAUUUCAAAGCAACAAUCUGGUGCCAGUGCAAAACGCCUUAGGGGCAACUCCUAAUAACUAUGAGCUUCAAGAAAAUGCUAGUAGUUUGCACCAGUCAUUGACACUGUCUAUGGGCAGUGGAAAGGGCUCAACAUGUGAGACCACUGUUGAAAACAGUAAUAGUAUUACUACAGUUGAAGCUGCCCCUAGAAGGACUCUGGACACAUUUGGGCAAAGAACAUCAAUAUAUAGAGGUGUAACUAGGCAUAGAUGGACAGGUAGGUAUGAAGCUCAUCUCUGGGAUAACAGUUGUAGAAGGGAAGGACAAUCAAGGAAAGGUCGCCAAGUCUAUUUGGGUGGGUAUGACAAAGAAGAGAAAGCAGCUAGGGCUUAUGAUAUGGCUGCACUGAAGUACUGGGGAACAUCUACCACUACAAACUUCCCUAUCAGUAAUUACGAAAAGGAGCUUGAGGAGAUGAAACACAUGACCAGACAAGAAUUUGUAGCCUCAAUUAGAAGGAAAAGUAGUGGAUUUUCUAGGGGUGCAUCAAUGUAUCGUGGAGUUACAAGGCAUCACCAACAUGGAAGAUGGCAAGCAAGGAUUGGAAGGGUAGCAGGGAACAAAGACCUUUAUUUGGGAACUUUCAGUACGGAGGAGGAAGCUGCAGAAGCUUAUGACAUUGCAGCAAUAAAGUUCAGAGGCCUAAAUGCAGUGACCAACUUCGACAUGAACCGUUAUGAUGUGAAAGCAAUUCUUGAAAGCAACACUUUACCAAUUGGAGGAGGGGCAGCCAAGAGGUUGAAGGAAGCCCAAGCCAUUGAAUCCUCAAGAAAACGAGAGGAAAUGAUUGCUCUUGGCUCAUCCUUUCAAUAUGGAAGCUCUAGGUCCGAGACUUUACAGGCUUACCCUCUUCUUCAGCAGAGUCCAUAUGAGCAACCUCAACCUUUACUAUCUUUACAACAUCAAGAUAUCUCUCAAUAUGCCCAAGACUCAUCCCAAUUUCACCAAAAUUAUCUUCAAACUCAGCUCCAGUUGCACCAGCAAUCGGGUUCGUACUUGCACCAUUCAAACCAGAACCCACAGGCUCAGUUCUACAACAAUUACUAUCAGACUAACCCGGUUUUGCUUCAUGGGUUGAUGAACAUGGGUGGUUCUUCGUCAUCUGUUAUGGAUAAUAAUGGCAGUUCUGGUGGCAGUUACAGUGGAGGAGGGUACUUAGGUGGUGGACUUGGGAUGGCAUCGAAUUCUACACCCACCAAUGCCGGUGGAUCAGCAGAGGAGCUUGCACUGGUGAAGGUCGAUUAUGAUAUGCCAUCCACCGGCUAUGGAAGCUGGUCCGGGGACUCGGUUCAAGGUUCGAAUCCUGGUGUUUUUACGAUGUGGAAUGAUUGAGAAGUUAUUAUUAGGUUAUUGGGGAUGAAGAGGAAGAAUCAGAGUAUGGGUUCAGCAAUUUACCUUGCUUUUUAUGUUUUAAUUUUAUAGGAUCAGUCUCAUAGGUACACCUAACGUUGCUUUUUAUGCCAUUGUCAAGAGAAGUUGGUUCUCAAAGAAAAACCUCAAGAGCUCUGGGUUUUUUCUCGUAACACUGUUUUUUUAUACACCUGUUUGUUUCCCUUUUCGUUCUUUCGCUUUCUAUGUUCCUUUAUUUUUAUUUUAUUUUAUUUUAUUUUUUUUGGGGUGGAAUAACUGAUAAACGAGUACAUCUGAGAACUGUGACAGUUUUCCACAGUUCUCAUUUGCAUUGGUCACAUGUUUUACUUACACUUU